GAUUUGAACCAAUGAUCUGUCUAGAAACACUUCCGCGUGCGUGUCAUUCAACCACAUGGGCAAGUUGGCGGGAGAUUUGCAGUUUUGGAUAGCGUAUGAUAAUGCGUUGGAAAAUGAGGAAGACGACAACGACCACAACAAUGAUUACGAAGGGAAACAAGGCGAUCAUCUUCGCCACAGCAGGAAUAGACACGUGGCAGACUCCCAGCCAUCGUCUACGGCAGUGCGUGCAUCAGAACUCGGUCGGCAGCUUUUGCAAAAACUGGAAAAGGUGGGAGGAAAGGAUAUCCGCCGAAAAGUGGAGCAAACACUCAUAGAAUCCGAGGACGGAGGUGAUGAGGUGCUGCAGCAAAUGGUGGAAGGGAGGAAAGGUCCGCUUCAUGACGCUGUGCAGAGAUUGGGUCCGGGGAAGCCGGCAGAGGAGAUAGUGGGUAUAUGCUAUGCGCUGCGGGCGAUGAAACAUGCAGGCGGCCUGGUUCGAAGCAAUCAAGCAGAUGGCAGCAAUGUGCCGCUUUCAUUGUAUGGUGGUUGGAAUGUCUGGAAUGAUCAGACGCGCAGGUUUCGGACGGGCACAGAAAGUCAAAAUCAGGAGGUUGGGGAUCCCUUGCGACAGUCGCAGGCAGGGGGUCUUUUGAGACAGCUAUUGGCAGUAGGAGGCCCUAAAGCGGUUCGGCUGGGGCAGGCUUUGCUCAGCUCCCUGACAAGCAGGAGGUCAGACGUCCUUUGCAGGCCACAGGACGACACUGAAAGCGACGGCAAGGAUGAGUGUGUGCCAACAGAGCGGUUCAGGAAGAAAGAUAGGACCUUGAUCGGGGGUAUGAUUGAGCACGGAGGACCUGUCGGCCUCAAGGUGGCAGAGGUGAUGCUCGAUUACUUCUGGUGGUUCUUUGGCUGGACGCGUGGUCUUUGGAAAGACACGUGUGUAAAAGCUCCGCUGAAGAUGGGCGAGUGUGUGGAGUGUCCUCGGAAGAAGGGUAAACUUAAGAAAGAGGGCCGGAUACUGAAGAUUGUCUCAGAGAUGCAUUUGAUGGGGAGACUAGUCGUCUUGGGAGGGUUUCGGGCUGUGGAACUAAGCGAGGAGUUGCUCGAGGGCAUACGACUGGGUAACAUCUCGAAGCAGAGAGUGCAAGUGCUUCUUGCGACGGUCAUGAAUCUUACGGGCAGGCCUGGGCUGAUACUUGCUUGCCAAUUGAUUGGACGGCUGAAUGAGCAGGGUGGUAGCUUUAUCCGCUCGUGCGACGUUUCGUCAGACUGGUGGUCGUUGGAUGAAGAUAGGAGUUUGAUUAGUUGCCUGCAACUCCUUGGUGGUGAGCACAUCGCAAAGGUGGGGAAGCACCUGGCUCAGGGGGUGCACCUCUUUUCUAAAGAGGAGCAGAAUGCGAUGCUCGGUGAGUUGUAUGAGGUUAUGGGGUCAUUAGGACUGGAGAUUGGCGAACACUUGCGAUUGAGAGGUCUCCAGUCGGAGCAGCACAAGCGGGGACCUCUGGACCAGGAGAUAGUUGUCCUGGGAAAAGAAUCUCAGGACCAGAAGUUGGUGAUGGAAAGGGUCAACGAUAACAGGUGGAAGGAAGAGCGGUACCUGAUGAUUGUGAAAGAGAGGCGGCACGACAGAUUGGUCACAAAGCUAGAAGAGGCAAGGGAUCGAGGUGGGCGCGAUGCCCUUGUACAGGCUGUCUUCUCAUUGACGAGGGAAGAAGCGGAUGCCAUCGGAGAGUACUGGUACUUGCCAGACAUGAUCAUGAAAUGGGUGUUCAACCAAAGCUGGAAGAAAGUCAGGCAUACUCUUGUGGAUAAGGUUUUGGAUAAGGGUUUUGACAAUGAUUGUGGUGGCAGGAAAUCCCGCGCUGGAGGGUGGGGAAAUGGAGGGGGGACAAAGGAUAAAACACUGGAUGCAGCUGCAAGCAACUGCAAGGAGUACGCGUACAUAUCCGAGAUCUUGCUUCGAACUCUGGAGAGGUUCCGCCGUCGACAGAUCUGUCGACUGCUCGAUCUGCUCCAGCUGAAGUUUGAGGUAUCAGUGAAGGACCUAAAUUCAGCGUUCACCUGGCCCAGCAGUGGCGGGGAAGUCUCAGAGGCGUCGUCAGUUCAAGGAGAGCAGGCCACCGCUUGCAGAACGAUAGUCCUGAUGUUGGAUGGGCGGAAUGCCGAGGCUGGACCCCAGUGGUUCAAUCAGAAGUUUAAGCAGCUGGGCAAUUGGGACUAUGAACCAUCGGUGGUUUUCGAUGUGCAUGUUUGUGUGAGGAAGUUGAUGUUCAAUGUGCGACGUCACGCUUUGCCCAGAUGGACCAGAAGGACCACAUGGAGAAGGUCUGGGCUUGAGCUAUGUCCAAAGCACAAAGUCGAUGCCCGUCACACGGAAGGUCGAGAUGAUGCACUCGCGGAGUUCGAGGAUGGGGAUGGAGGAGGAGACGGAGGCACCUUGCUUCUGUCCAAAGAUUACUUUGAUCAGAAGGGCUGGGCAUUUGCAAGACUACGCCUUUUCGCAACCAAACCCCUCUGGGAAGCGUUUACCCAAGGCGUUCUAUUUGGCCUCGAGGGAGCUGUGGCUGGUGGAUUCCCAGGGAGGGUGGUGCUUGGCCUCCGUUUGUUCGAGCUUGCCAGAGUCAGGUGCGAAGAGUUCAUGAGGCGAACGACAACUAAGAUGGAACAGCUUCUGGUCUGCAAACCGAAGGAGGGACUGGUGUCAGAUGCUUUCCCGUUUAGACAACCUGCAGAGCAUAAGGGACCCAGAGCUUCCAGUGGGAGUUCUCAAUUGCCGGACUCCUCAUCUGAGUCAAAGUACUCCUUACUGUCAGCCUCAUACUCUUCAGCCUCAUUGGAUGAUGCAUCCCCCUUGCAUCGACCCUCAACUCUUCAGCACCAGGGGGGAGCCAGAGCCGGCAGUGAUAGCUCUCGAUCUCUGUAUUCAUCUCCGGAGUCCAAGUAUUCUGUCCAGUCAGCCGCAAAGUAUGUCUCCAAGUCAGCUGCACGCUCUUCAGCCUCACGGGAGAAGGCCUCCCCCUUGCAUCAAUCAUCAACACGUUCUUUAUCCGACUUGUCCUCAACGUCCUCUCCUGCUUCUUCCUCCUCUGGAUCUUCCUUGUCAGAUUCUGGGGCAGACGAAGACGAGAGGGUGAGAUGGCGGGUGAAGGAGAACGAGAGACGAGAAAGGGAGGAUGCCAGCCGCAGAAAGCUGAAGAGAAACAAGGAGGGAGAGAUGAGGAGGGAAGAGGAGGAGGGAAUGAGGAAGAAGCGAGAGGAGGAAGUAACGAGGAAGGAAAUAAUCAGGAAACAGCAGGAAGCUGAGAGGAUGAAGCAAGAGGAGGACGCACGGAGAAGAGAAGAGCAGAGAAAGAUGUCAAAGAGGAAGGCGAAAGAAGAGAUGCUGGUGAAGGAAGAGGAGGAAAAAAAGAGGAAGAAGCAGGUGGAGAAAUUGAGGAAAAAGCAAGAGGAGGAGGAAAUGAGGAGAAAGCAAGAGGAGGAGGAAAUGAGGAGAAAGGAGGAGGAGGAGGAAAGGAGGAGAAAGGAGGAGGAGGAAAGGAGGAGAAAGGAGGAGCAAAUGAGGAGAAAGGAGGAGGAGGAGGAGGAAAUAAGGAUGAAGAAUGAGGAAGAGGCACGAAGGAUAGCAGAAAUAAGCAAGGAACGUGAAGAGGCAGAGAGGAGGAAGCAAGAAGAGGAAGCCAAGAGGAGAAGACUAUAUCAGGAAAGUAUGAGGAAGAAGGAAGAAGAGGAGAAAAGGAGGAGGAAGCAAGAAGAGGACGACAAGAGGAGAAGGUUAGAUCAGGAAAAGAUGUUUAGGAUGCGGAGGAAGGAAGAGGAGGAGAAAAUGAGGAAUAAGCAAGAUGCGGAAAUGAGGGAAAAGCAAGAGGAAGAGAUGAGGAAGAAGCAAGAGGAGGAUGAAAUGAGGAAGAAGCACGAGGAGGAAAUAAGGAUAAAACAUGAAGAAGAGGCAAAAAGGAGGGAGGAAACAAGUAAGAAAUACAAGGAGGCUGAGAGCAGGAAUCAAGAAGAGGAGGACAUGAGGAGAAGAGACCAGCACAGAAAGAUGUCAGAAAGGAAAGGGAAAGAAGAGAUGCGGAUGAAGGAAGAGGAGGAGAAAAUGAAUAAGAAGCAAGAGGAGGAGGAAAUGAGGAGAAAGCAAGGGGAGGAGAAAACGAGGAGAAAGCAAGAGGAAGCGAUGAUGCAGCUGGGGUCCGUCUCGAGAGCCGCAAAGAAAGAUAGGAGAAGGGAACAGCAGAGAGAGAUGUCAAAAAGGAAAGGGGAAGAAGAGAUGCAGAUGAAGGAAGAAGAGGAGAAAAUGAGUAAGAAGCAGGAGGAGGAAAUAAGAAGGAAACAAGAGGAGGAGGAAGCGAGGAGAGAUCAAGAGGAGGAAACGAGGAUGAAACAUAAAGAAGAGACAAAAAGGAGGGAGGAAACAAGCAAGAAGUUUGAGGAGGCAGAGAGGAGGAGGCAAGAAGAGGAGGACAUGAGGAGAAGAGAACAGCAGAGAAAGAUGGACAAGAGGAAAAAGGAAGAAGAUAUGCGGAUGAAGAAAGAGGAGGAGGAAAUGCGGAGAAAGCAUGACGAGGAGGACAUAAGGAUGAGACAUGAAGAAGAGGCGAAGAGGAGGGAGAAAACAAGCAAAAAAUUUGAGGCAGAGAGGAGGGAUCAAGAAGAGGAGGAAGUGAGGAGAAGAGAACAGCAGAGAAAGAUGACAAGGAGGAAAGCAGAAGAAAAAAUGCUUAUGAAGGAAGAUGAGGAAAAAAUGAGGAAGAAGCAGGAGGAAAUUAGGAGAAAGCAAGAGGAGGAAAUUAGGAGAAAGCAAGAGGAGGAAAUAAGGAGAAAGAAAGAGGGGGAGGAAAUAAGGAGAAAGCAAGAGGAGGAGGAAAUAAGGAGAAAGCAAGAGGAGGAAGAAAGGAGGAGAAAGGAGGAGGAGGAGGAGGACAUGAGGAGAAAGGAAGAGGAGAAGGAAACGAGGAGGAAGGAGGAGGAGGAAGAAAUGAGGAAGAAGCAAGAGGAGGAAAGGAGGAAGAUGCAAGAGGAGGAAAUGAGGAAGAUGCAAGAGGAGGAAAUGAGAAAGAUGCAAGAGGAGGAAAUGAGGAAGAUGCAAGAGGAGGAAAUGAGGAAGAAACACGAGGAAAAGGCAAGGGGGGAUGACAUAAGCAAGAAACGUGCGGAGGCAGAGAGGAGGCAAGAAGAGGAAGGGAUGCGGAUAAGAGAAGAGAAGAGAAAGAUGUCAAAGAGGAAAGAGGAAGAAGAGGUGCAGAAGAAGGAAGAGUAUGAGAGAAUGUGGAAGAAGCCAGAGGAGGGAGCAUUGAGGAAGAAGCAGGAGGAGGAGGAAAUCGGGACAAAGCAGGAGGAGGAGGAGAUCGGGACAAAGCAGGAGGAAACCUCAAAAAAGCACGAGGAGGAGAAGAUGGCGAUGAAAGGCGAGGAGGUGGAGCAGGCAAGACCGAGGGAGGAGAUAAGCAAGAAACAUGAGGAGGUGGAGAGGAGGAAGGAAGAAGCGGAAGAUGUGAGGAAGAAGCAAGAGGGGGAGGAAAUGGGAGAGAAGCAAGUGGAGGAACCAAUUGGGAAGGAGCAGCAGGGAGAAAUAAGGGAGGAAGAGAUGGGUUACGAACAAGGGGAGGCAGAGACGAGGACGAAGCCAGAAAAGGAGGAGAUAUGGAAGAAGCCAAGCGAGGAAGAGGUAGAGAAAAGAGAGGACAAAAAAGAGACAUGGAAGAAACAAGGCAAGGAAAUUAACGAAAAGCAAGAGCCGGAAAUGAAGAAGCAAGAGGAGGAAAUGAGUGAGAAGCACAGGGAGGAAGUGAAGCAAGAGGAGGCAAUGGGGGGGAAGCACGGGGAGGAUGAAACGAGGGAGGAGGAGAUAAGGAAGAAGCAGGAGGGAGCAGAGAGGAGGAAGCAAGAAAAGGAAGAGAUGGGGAUGAGAGAAGAGGAGGAAGAGAUGGAGCAAAGAAAUGACGAUGAGGCGGAGCACGGGGAGGCGGCGGUGCCGAGGAUGAGAGAGUUGGAAGAAAUGACAGAAGUGGAGACAAGGAAGAAACAAGAGGAGGCAGAGAUGAUGAAGAAAGGAGAAGAGGAAGAAGAUACAAGGAAGGAGCAAGGGGAGGAGGAGGGGGUGAAGGAAAGGGAGAAUGAGAGCAAGGUGACGGAAGAGCAAGAGCGGAGGGAAAUGGGGAAGAAACAUAAAGAGAAAAAAAGGGAGGAGAAACAGGAGCAGGAGGAUAUGGGGGAGGAGGAGAUGUGGAAAUGGGAAGCGGAAAGCUCAGAAAUGGCGGUAUCAUGCAAACAUGUAGAGGAGGAGCAGGAUGUAAGGCAGGAUAUAGAUCAGGAUAUGGAGCAGCAGGUGCAUCAGCGCAAAGAUGGAGCACACGGUAUGGAUAAUGUUGCGGAUGAUCAAGAGCAAAUUGCCCUCCAAGAUGAUGAUCAAAGUGUGGCCAAGUAUGGAGUUGUGCAGGAGGAGGGUGUGGAAUUGGAUGUGGAUCUGUUAUCAGAACCAGACUGGAACACUGAGCAUACCAUGGAUGAGCAUGAGGAGGCAGUCGGCAGAGAUGGUGGUGAGGCACACAUCGUGCCUGACAGUGGUGAUGACGUACCAGUUUCCCAAGGAGUACAUGAUGGAGAGGAGAGGUACACCACUUAUUAUAAUGAGCUUUACGAAGAGAAGGACACAAGGGAGGAGGAGCAGUUGGAGGCCGAGAGGUCAGAUACGGCACCGGACCAGCUGGUUGAGGGUGGUGGAAUUGGAGAAGUGGAAGCAGUCGAUCAAGUUAAAGAGGGGCAUGAUCAAGCCAUGACAUAUUACUAUGCACCCGAAACUGCCUCUUAUUAUGAGGAUUUGCCAGAAAAGGAAAGAGUGUGUAGGGAAGAUCAACCCCUGGAAGUUGGUGACAUUAAGGGCUGGCAUGAUGGAGCCGUGGCAGAUCAUUAUGCAACUGAAACUGGCCUUCAUGAGCACUUGCCAGAAACGGAAACGCUGUCUAAGGAAGAUCAACAACCCCAGGUAGUCGGCGACGUUAAGAUCUGGCAUGCUGAAACCGCGGCAGGUUAUUAUGCAGCUGAAACUGGCUGGUAUGAGGAUCUGCCAGAAAAGGAAACGCCGUCUAGUGGAGAUCAACCUCAGGCAGCCGAUGACAUUAAGGAAGAGGAAGGCCCGAGCUCUGCAGAUUAUUACUACGAAAGGACGGAAACUGACCAUCGUGAGGAUUUGGCAGUAAAGGAAACAACAUGCACGGAAGGGCGACUUGAGGCAGUUGCUGGAGACUGCAAUGAGAAAAACAUGCUGGGGAGUGUUGAUGGCAGACGAGCUCUCCAAGGAGGUGGUGAUGCAUACGAGAUGUACGAGCAGUCUUGUGACGAUUAUGGCACACAAACAAUCGCAAGGGAGCAAUUGGAAGGAGAGAGCGGGGGUGGUAGUGUCGGAGAAGUGGAAGCUAUCGAUGAUGUUUAUGGACCGCAUGAUACCACCAGUGAUUAUUAUUAUUCUCAUGAGCAUUCAGAAGAAAUGGCAGCGAACGAGGAGGAGCGAGAGACGGCGGUGAUUGGAGAAUGUACGAUGGAGCAGGCGUUGAUGAGUGGUGAUGCUGGAGCGGCCCGUCAUGUGCGGAACGGCGGCAGCAAUUUGUAUAUGCAUAUUAUGCAACAUGAAACGGAGGAUUAUCGCACCGAACAGCAGCACAUGGUGAGCAAGGAAGAAGCAUUGAUGUUGGAGAGUGAAGGUGCCCAGCAGGAGCCUAUGGAGUGUGUUGGUGUAGGAGAACAGGAAGUAUGUGAUCCUAAGAGAGGAGCUGCGGAAAUGAAGGAUAUGUAUUUUCCAGAGAUUCAGAUGGUUAGGACAGAUGAGGAGGGUCAAGCAGCAGUGAUGAGCAGAGAUAGUUCCCAACUACAGAUGGUGAGGGGUUCUGAUGAUGGAGGAGCCGAAGUGGUAUGGGGAGGCCGCGUGGAGGAGCCACAGCACCCUUAUAGGUGGCCAAUGGAAGAGGGAGAGGGAGAUACGCACUACCAACUUGUGGUAGAGAGUGAAGCACAUGAUGAAAGAGACAGAUGGAAACAGAUGAUGGACUCUGAUGUUGAAGGAGUAACUGGAAGCGUAGUUGAUGUUGGGGAGGGCGGAACUUGUAUGGCAGAAUUGGUUCCAAGGGACGACGAGGAGCAGCACAUGCUGGAAGGUGGGUAUAGUCCAGCAGAACACAGUGUAGACGGCGGCGGCGAUGAUGGGGGAAUCGGUAUGCAAGCUGAUGUUGAGGAAGUGGGUGGUGAAACUUCUGUGCCGGGUAGUGACAAGGAUCACGUCGAAGAAGUUUCAAUGAAGAUGCAGUAUGAGGUGGGAGAUAGUUGGAGCCCACAGGAACAGAUGGUGGGAGGUGAUGAUGGUAGAGGAACAGAAAUGCCAGGAUAUGCAGAAACGAUGACCCUCAGAACUGAAGUUGAACUGGAGAAAGCUAGGUGGAAAGACUAUUCUGGGAUGGCCGCGGAAGAACAGGGGCGGGAAUUGAAAUCUGAGAGCCCGCGUAGUUUGCAGGAGCAAUUAGAUGAGUGGGGCAGGGAAUCCGUACAUGAAGCAGAAUAUGAUCAUAAGGAGUGGGAGUACGUCCAAAGAGACACAGGGGGAGACGUAAUCUUACAGGUUCUGAGGGACGAGGGGCAGUACGAGAUGGAGGGUGAAGGUAAACCACGGGAACGGAGGAUGGGUGAAGGGUACAGCGAGGCAAUCGGAAUGAAUAUAGGUAAUGUUGAGGAAGGGGGUGGUGAAGCUUUUGCACAGGGUCGUGACAAGGACACACUUGAAGAGCUUCCAUUCGAGGAGGACAUUUUGGCCGAUGCAGGUAGUCUGCAGGAGCAGAUGAUGGCCAGCGGUGAUGAUGAAGAAGGAAUGAUGAUGGCCGGUGGUGAUGAUGAAGAGGAAGUGGAUAUUCCCAGCUAUGCAGAAAAGGUGAGCCCAGGAACUGAGGUUGAAGGGGUUGGAUUUUAUGGCUACGGCACUUCAGGGAGAAGUGAGGAAGGACAUGGGAAGGAACUGGACGUGGCAAUCGGAAUGAAUAUAGGUAAUGUUGACGAAGGGGGUGGUGAAGCUUUUGCACAGGGUCGUGACAAGGACACGCUUGAAGAGCUUCCAUUCGAGGAGGACAUGGUGGCCGAUGCAGGUAGUCAGAUGAUGGCCAGCGGUGAUGAUGAAGAAAUAAUGAUGGCCGCCCGUGGUGAUGAUGAAGAGGAAGUGGAUAUUCCCAGCUAUGCAGAAAAGGUGAGCCCAGGAACUGAGGUUGAAGGGGUUGGAGCUUACGGCUACGGCACUUCAGGGAGAAGUGAGGAAGGACAUGAGAAGGAACUGGACGUGGAGGAUCAGCGCAAUGUAGAGGAGCAAGUAGAUGAGGAGGGAAGAGAAUCGGAAGAGAGAGGCAGCCCCCAGGUUGGAGUGGAAGAUGGUAAGGAGAGGGAAGAUGAUCAAGGAGACACAAUUGGAGAUGUAAACAUGGAGGUCCCAACAGAAAAAGCAUUGGAGAUGCACCAGGAGGAAGGAGGAGGUAGUUCACAGGGACAGAGCAUUGGAGAUGUAAGCAUAGAGGUUUCGAUGGAAAGCGUGGGGCAGUACCAGAUGGAAGGUGCAGAGAGUUCCCGGGAAGGUCCCCAGGAAAAGGGGAUAAUUGGUGAUGACAAUCGAGGAGUUGGAGGGGUAACUAAUGUUGAGGAAAGGGGAACUGGAAUCAGAUUGGAGGAAGCGGGAACUGGAAUGAGAGUGGAGGAAGCUGAAGGCAAGGAGUCUUCAGGGAUAAGUGAGGAAGGACAAGGUCAGGAAUCACAGGAGAGGUUUGUGCACACUGUGGCCGCACCAUUUGACGAGAGGGACAGAGAAUCCACGGAAGGAAGCAUCAUGUUUGGAGCAGGAGAUGAGGAGGAGGAGGAGGAGGAGGAGGAGGAGGAGGAGGAGGUGCAUGCCGAAGGAGAUACAAGUGGAGAUGUAAGGACAGAAGCUGCCAAGGAUGGAGGAGACAAGCUGCUGCUUAUCGGCGUGCGUGGCCAAUGCUAUAACACACUGGCCAAAGCCACAAUAUGAGCUGAAACUGAUGCGUGUUGGUGUUAUAGAGUGCCACAACAACUAUUUGCACCCCCGUC